CCCCCCCUGGCAGCCCGGGCCCGCGCCGGCUCCGACCUGCUGCAGCGGGACACCUCGGCCGCUGCCCCUGCCCCGCAGAAUCUAGAACGGUAUUUUCUACAGGUCUGAGCAACACUUUUGUAAGAAGCAAAUGCUUACAGUUGGAUAUACUAGAUGACACCCAGGAGGUAGUCUCUGGACUGUGAUGAGGAUCCAUAAUCUUUGCUCCCAAGAAGUUUGAGCUUUUAAAGCUGUAUUCUCCAUGAGAGUUUGUCACUAAUAAUCUCUUGCACCUGAAAUGCUUUUUUAUUCCAAGUAAUUGAAAGUCACUGAGGAUUAAUAAAGAAGAUUUGAAAAGACACUUCUUUGAAAACAGUAAAUCCACAAGGAGACACAAGAUGGUUCCUUUUCUAUUUCUUGAUAUUGGACAUUCCCGUCUAGUCUACUUCUGGAACAGAACUGGACUUGCCAAUUCAUCAAAUGAGACGUACUGCUAUAGCACUGCACAGGGCAGCACUGUACUUCAGGGAGUAACUUUUGGUGGAAUUCCUACAGUCCUGCUCCUGGAUGUUACCUGCUUUUUGAUCUUAAUAUUGGCCUUCUCUGUAAUAAGGAAGAAAUUCUGGGAUUAUGGUCGUCUUGCCUUGUUGUCAGAAACUGAAAGUGAGUCAAGACACUGCAGGAUAUCAUCGUCCUCAUCAGCAAUGGAUGACCUUGAAUAUGACAGGGGGUUUUGUUCUUGGAUGAUGGCUGCCUUUCGAAUGCGUGAGGAAGAGAUUAAUGAGAAGUGUGGUGAUGAUGCCAUACACUACCUUGCCUUCCAGCGCCACAUCAUCUGCUUGCUGGUUACUAUGAGCAUUUUGUCAGUGUGUGUUAUAUUGCCUGUCAAUCUAUCUGGUGACUUACUUGAUAAAGAUCCAUAUAGUUUUGGGAGGACAACUAUAGCAAAUUUAGAAACUGGCAAUGAUCUUCUUUGGCUGCACACUGUUUUUGCUGUUAUUUACCUGAUUUUGACUGUUGUCUUCAUGAGACAUCAUGUGAAGUAUGUCAAGUAUAAAGAGGAAAACACAGUCAAGUGCACAUUAUUCAUUACUGGUCUCCCAAAACAUGCAAAGAAAGAAACGAUAGAAAGGCACUUUACUGCUGCAUACCCAACUUGUAAUGUGCUAGAGGUCCAGUUGUGUUAUGAUGUAGCUAGGCUUAUUUAUCUUUACAGGGAAAGAAAAAAGGCAGAAAAAAGCCUGACUUAUUUUACACACCUGCAUCAUAAGUAUGACAAGCGGGUCCGAAUCAACCCAAAGCUAUGUGGUCAAUUCUGUUGUUGUGAUAUUGGAAGAUGUAAAAGGGAAGAUGCCAUAGAUUAUUAUACCCGAGUUACAAAGAAGCUGCUGGAAGAAUACUUGAAAGAAGAGCAAACUGUUCAUAAUAACCCACUGGGAAUGGCUUUUGUAACAUUCCAGGAGAAAUCUAUGGCCACAUAUAUCCUUAAAGAUUUCAAUGCCUGCAAAUGCCAAAGUUUUAAGUGUAAAGGGGAACCUCAGCCAUCCAUGUACAGCAAAGAACUCUGCAUUUCAAAGUGGAAUGUUACAUAUGCAACUUACCCCGAAAAUAUUUGUUGGAAGAAUUUUUCGGUGCAUGGGCUAAAAUGGUGGUUGAGAUGGUUUUGUAUUAAUAUGCUCCUUUUUAUUGUGCUUUUUUUUCUGACUACACCUUCCAUAAUCAUCUCCACCAUGGACAAGUUCAAUGUCACUAAACCUAUUCGUUACCUUAAUGAUCCAAUUGUUAGUCAGUUCUUCCCAACAGUCCUCCUGUGGUCCUUUUCUGCUCUGCUACCAACAAUGGUCUAUUACUCAACGUUGCUGGAAUCCCACUGGACAAAGUCUGGAGAAAACAGAAUAGUAAUGCAUAAAGUCUACAUUUUUUUGAUCUUCAUGGUGUUGAUUCUGCCUUCUCUUGGGUUGACCAGUCUUGACUUCUUUUUCCGUUGGCUGUUUGACAGAGAAUCAGCCGAAUCUACAGUCAGAUUAGAAUGUGUGUUCCUGCCUGACCAGGGAGCCUUCUUUGUGAACUAUGUGAUUGCCUCUGCUUUCAUUGGCAAUGGGAUGGAGCUGCUGCGCUUACCUGGUCUCAUCCUGUACACCAUACGCAUGAUAAUGGCCAGGUCCGCUGUUGAAAGGAAAAACAUUAAACAGCAACAAGCAUUUGAGUAUGAGUUUGGAGCAAUGUAUGCCUGGAUGCUGUGUGUAUUCACCGUCAUCAUGGCCUAUAGCAUCACCUGUCCCAUUAUUGUCCCAUUUGGCUUGAUAUAUAUACUGCUGAAGCACAUGGUUGACCGCCACAAUCUUUACUAUGCAUUUCUCCCUGCGAAGCUGGAGAAGAAGAUCCACUUUGCAGCUGUGAAUCAAGCCCUUGCGGCUCCAAUCCUGUGUCUGUUCUGGCUCUUUUUUUUCUCGUUUUUGCGAUUAGGUUUUAAAGCACCCACAACUAUGUUCACAUUCCUAGUUGUCAGCAUCACCAUUGUUGUCUGCUUAGCUUACACCUGUUUUGGUUGCUUCAAGUAUCUGAGCCCUCUGAAUUACAAGAUAGAAGAAGUGUCAGGUGGAAGAGGAAGUGACACUGACAAAGGAGAAGCUCCAAGACAUUCUAUGUACGUCCCGCGGGUCCUGCUUCAUCGCCCUACGGAAAGGACAACACUAGCUCAGACUGAGCACCAGUCAUAUGGCACCAUGGGAGCAAAGGGUACCCAAGCAGAUGACUCUGUUACGUAUUCAGUGGAACCUGCCAGGGUCCUGGAAAAGGCAUAGAAGCCUUUCUGGUCAUCUCCAGGACUAACACAAGGUGGAGCACUUGGUCCUGCUUUAAAAGAGCUAAUCCCCCAAGCAUUCUGAACUGCACGUUGUGCCUGAAGGAGAGGUACGGAAAUAAUUCAGUGUGUGAUCUGCAGCUGUGCUUGGAGAUUAAAGAGCAGCCGCUUUGGGAUUGAUUAUUUUCUAAGCCGUCUACCGUUGUGAAUGGGAUGAGAUGAGAGAGGCAGCCCUCAGGGACUUUUCCUUUGCAUUUACUGUUUAAUCACUUACCUUAUGGAGAUCUUUCACACUUCACAUAGAUAACAGGUCAGUGGAGCAAUUGCAACGCCCUGAUUGCAUGCGUCUUCUCUUUACUCAAAAUGACUCUCCUUGAAUUUUAACCAACCUCAAAUAUUUAUUAAUCACUAGGAACUGAUAGAUCUUGAGACUGUCAGUUUGGAUGGAGAAAACAGCGCAUAUUACCAUACUGGCAAGAGCCAGGAAGACAACCUGUGGUACAGUGUUGUCUCUUCUAUCGCCCAAGGUAUCCAGUCUAGACAUGAACACCCUAAUUUUCUGAAAGAGACAAGGGCUUUACAUUCACUAGCAAAGUGCACAGUACCAAACCCAAGGGGCUGGUGUGAAUAAGAUACUGCUUUCAUAUAACUUUUAUAUAUUUUUGCAGGGGAUGUAGUUACUUACUUUCUGGUCACUUGUUGAGGGGCCUUCCACAAUGAACAUUCACCUGCCAACAAUAAAGGAUGUAAACAUUUUAUCUUUUUUUUUUUUUUUUUUUUUAAAUCUUGGGUUAAGAUGACAAAUCUUUGUACUUCCUUACUAAGUGCCAGUUGUACAAGCUGUAAGAUACUAUGUGGUAUUUUAAAUUAUGUAGUAGGUCCCAAUCUAUCCCAAAGCAACAUUGUGUCAAACUGUAACUAAGCAAUAAUCACAAGCAAUAAAACACUGAGUUCAAAGAGGGGUUCCAUAACUGGGUUUUAUGGACCAUCUUUCUUUGCAUAUUUAAAAUACUUCAUCUUAUGCCAACUUGGACCCCAAGGAAGACGGACAAGUCAUUAAAAAAAUGUCAAUUAGGACCAAAUGUGCAAGGUACUGUUUGAAUGCUAAGAGAGCAAGUGCUCUUGACUCUCCCCAGCAGUUAGUCUUGUUUGAUGUCUGUAUAGAAACUCCUUUUAUUCUCUUGUUUCUCUACUUGGCUGGCUGUCCAUCACAUGACUGCAAGCUCCUCAUGCUGGGACUCUGUUCUUGAGUGUCUGUAAAGCAACCGGCACCUGUAGCAUGCUACAACAAACCAGUAAAUAAAGGUGUUUAGUGGUUUGCAGAAUUGGUCCUGAAUUCCCAGG